UUGUUAUUUUAAGGGAAAAAAUAGGCCGAGAGAAAAAACGUUGUACUGCUACGAGACGACCAAGAAAGUGAAACCUCUAUACUCACCAAGUGUCACGAGGUUUGGAGCAGGAUAGGCAUAAGAACAAUGCAAACCUUGGCAACAUGUUCAGGCUCCACGUUUUUUCUUUCUUUCCUUGCACACAUCAACCAGCAACAGCACAAGAAGAAAGACAAUGGCUUCUUCCUCAGUCUCAACUGCUCUCUGCACCUUGUUGGUGCUGAUACCCACAGUGCCGCUAUUGACGUAUGUGAUUGGCCUACUUUUACCUGCAAGCCAUAUUGUAUCCCGCAAACGGACCUUUGCUGGCAUAUCCCAGGCGGACCUUUGGCAUAUUCUUGUCGACGUUCAAAACUAUCCCACCUGGCGUCCUCGCGUUACAGGCAUCGACAUUACCGAAAAUACCACCACCAAUGACACUGAAAACAACACCGAACAACAACACGGAGGAGACCGUAUUGUGUUUCAAGAAAACAACACUCGAAACCGCACCAUUGUCGUGAUUCACGUCCACCAAAUCCUUCAUUCCCGUCUACUGCGUAUUUUACAAGAAAUACCCACGUUUUCUGGCUCAUGGACGUUUGAACUUGACGAGCUAUCUUUGGCAUCGGUCGACGGCGAAGCUGUAUCAUUGAAAAUUACUCAACAGGGCGUGAUUAAAAAACCUAUGCUCAGAGUCAUGCAUAUGUUGAUCUUGGGUCUCCAUCGUCGGAUCGAUUUGUUUUUGAACGACCUGGAACGGAAACUUAAGCAGGACCAGCAGGGAUCGUCAGCAGUUGAAGGACGUGGUCAAGUGACACAAUCAACUAUAACAAAUAUUGGGGCAAACGUGGCACCAUCAGAGGUGAUAGAGGAUACAGAUAAGAAACAAUCCUCGACCUCGUUACUACCAGAAGUUAAGGAUAAGCAGCCACCGAUGGAAAAACCAUCAUCAUUACAACAACACGACCUGGAUGCAUCUAUCAACAAUAUUAAUCACAAUAACGGUUGGGACAUGAUCAGUGAAAUAUACGAACGAGCACCGCUAUCGGCAUCAUCAUCAACAUCAUCAUUGAAGAAACAACAGUAGUGACUAUCGACAGGUUGUAUUUGGGCAUCUGGAAACCUUUUCAAAAACCAUGCCACGUUUCCUUCGUUUUGUUCAAUGGUUAAAGAACAGGUGCUGUACACCAUGGUCUUGCCUGGUUUGAGCAUUUGCCAGCCUUGUUUCAUCAAGUUGCGCUAAAUAGUCCAUACACACGAGUGAUCAAUAGCAGUAAUAGCAGGAUGUCGAAAGACUUGUCUCUCUACCUGUAAUUCACAAAUAGUCGAUAGCC